AUGGGUAAGAUACGCGAUUUUAAAGUAUUUACAGCAGGUGUUGAGUCAACUCAACGAGUUGAAUCCAUUAAUGGUGUUCUUAAAAAACAUUUAGAUCGAGGAACUUUAUUAAAGGAGUCAAAUCCAUCAACUGGUCUUCCGUCAACAUAUAAUAUGAUUUUCAAAAAUAUUGACUCUAUUUUAAAGGAUCAUUUAGCAUCUAUUCUAUUAUCACUUCAACAAGCUCAAAUAAAACAGUCAUUAUUAUAUCAGGGAAUAUUAAUUUUAAUUGAUCAAGUUAAAGAAUCUGAUAAUGAGCAAUCUAAUGGUAUAAUUGAAUAUAUUUAUAAUAAACUACAAAUUAGAUUACAAGAUCUCUUAUCAGAUAUAAACAGAAAUAAAGAUUAUACCACCAAAGCUUUAUAUUAUAUUGAUCAAAUUCGGUCUGCAAAUGUUUAUACAUCAAAUAUUAAAGAAAGAGUUAAUAAAAAGAUUGAGUUUGAUUCUAUAAUAUCAGUAGUAAAGACAAGUGUUCAAGUUGCUGUAGCAGAAGGUGUUGCAUCAGAAUUGAUUAGACUUCUUACUCAAUUCAUUAUGAAAUAUCGUCAUAAUACUAGAUUAAAUAUAGAAGAAGUUCAUUUUAUAUCACAUUUUAAUAAUGAGAUUCAAGAAUCCUUCUAUAAUUACCAACGACAGCCAUUAGUUGUAGUGGAAGAACGUAAUAUUCCAGAAAUAUCAAAUCCAGAAUAUCACAAGCCAAAAGGUCGUUUUCCAAAAUGA